AUGGAGUCCUCAUUCGACUACAUCAUCGCAGGCGGAGGCACCGCUGGUGUCGUGAUUGCUUCUCGUCUCAAAGAAUACCUACCUAACUCUAGUAUCGCAUUGCUCGAAGCAGGUCCAAAUGCAGUGGACGAUCCCACUAUCGACAAUGUCGCAGACCCAAUCAACUGGAUGCCGCUAUUCCAGAAAGGUUUCCUCAUAGAUUACUCAACCACACCACAAGAGCAUCUGGGUGGCAGGAACAUCAUGAAUGUUGCAGGCCGUUUGUUGUCAGGAUCAAGUGGUGUCAACAUUGGGUUGUGGAUGCGAGCCUCUGCUGCUGAUCUAGACGUCAUGGCUGAAAGAGCGGGAAAUGCAAGAUUCAAAUAUGGCAACAUGGAAAAGUACUACAAACGCCUAGAGACGCAUUUCGAUGCGACAGCUGACAAAGAGCGCUAUGGCUUCGAGGGCAAGAUUCAUACCGUAGGUGGAAGACAAUAUCCAAUCCGAAAUAUUCUCCAAGAGAGUGCAGAGAACCUGGGCCACAAGUACAAUCCAACCAGGGGAGACCCGACGGGUCUGGGGGAUAUCACCCAGUGCUGGCGUGCUACUUCCGAGUCUACUGCGACACGACAACACAGUGCCAGAGUAUACGACCUAAGCGGCGUCGAGGUUCUUUGCGAUACAUCCGUCGCUCGCAUUCUCCUCGACGACUCAAAGCGAGCCAUUGGAGUCGAACUUACCUCCGGCAAACGCAUCAUGGCGAACAAGGAAGUCAUAGUCUCAUGCGGGACUCAGGUCUCCCCAAAAAUCUUGAUGCUAUCUGGUAUCGGCCCCGCCAACGAACUGGCCAAACACAACAUCCCCCAAACCGUCGAUUCACCCGCCGUAGGCCAGAACCUCUGCGACCACAACGCCAUAACGAUGUUCUUCAAGCUCAAAGACGCCUCAAAAGGCUACGCCCGCCCGUUCAACGGGCUCGCGGUACCAUCGUACGGCCAGGGUCUCCCCUUUGAUUUUAGCUUGUUCGCAAAUAUCCCUGAUACAGAACUUUCUCCGUACCUCAAGGACGAUGGCAUCCGCAUUGAUGAACCGCAAGAGGGGGAUGUGCUACUACGGCCGAAUCGGUGCCACUAUGCUAGUCUGGUGGUUUACUACCCUUUUCUUGCUGAUCCGACCAUCUUUCCCACGGUCAAGGAAGAUGGCGCUCAUAUUUCGCUAUGUGCAUUCCAUAUGCUUCCGCUUUCUCGCGGUAGUGUAACGUUGAGUUCGGCGGAUCCCAACGAUAAACCUGUGUGUGAUCCGCGCUUUCUUUCUACUAGCACCGAUCGGUUUAUUCUGCGCCGCGCUGUGCGUGAGAACUUGCGCUUGGUAGAGACAGGGCCGUUGGCUGCGGAGGUCGAGGGCGAGGUUCCGCCUACGGGUGCGCAGUUCUCUGCGCUGACGACGAAGAGUAGCGAUGAAGAAAUUGAUGCAAGGAUUGCGCAGUUUGCAGGUACGAUUUGUCAUCCCAUGGGCACAUGUGCGUUGGGAACGGUGUUGGACGAUGCGUUUAGAGUCAAAGGAGUCGAAGGGCUUAGGGUUUGCGAUGCCAGUGUUUUCCCGGAACCGAUUGCUGCUAUGCCUUCUUGCACUAUUUAUGCAUUAGCAGAGUUGUGUGCUGAUCUCGUUGCUGGGAAGGCCUAA